GGAAAACUCCAAAAGAGGUCUCAUACCGAUGAGCCAUGGAGUAUCUCUUUCUGGAAAGAUGUCUCCUAAGACACCUGAGGAAAGAGAGCGUAUGAGUAAGAUUCCUUAUGCUUCAGCAAUAGGAUCUAUCAUGUACGCGAUGUUGUGUACUAGGCCUGAUGUUGCUUAUUCAAUUAGUGUGACGAGCAGAUAUCAGUCCGAUCCAGGUGAAGACCACUGGAAAGCAGUGAAGAACAUCCUUAAGUACUUGCGAAGGACUAAGGAUAUUUUUCUUGUUUUUGGUGGUGAAUCUGAGUUGAAAAUAGAGGGUUAUACCGACUCUAGUUUUCAAUCAGAAAGUGAUGAUAGUAAAUCCAUGUCAGGGUACGUGUUUACUCUAAAUGGUGGUGCGAUUAGUUGGAAGAGUUCCAAACAGUCUACUACAGCUGACUCCACAGCGGAAGCAGAAUAUAUAGCUGCAAGUGAGGCUGCAAAAGAAGCCGUUUGGAUGAGGAAAUUUGUUUCUGAAUUGGGAGUUGUUCCUAGCGUUGAGGAGCCUAUUGUGUUGUAUUGUGAUAACAAUGCAGCAAUAGCACAAGCCAAGGAACCUAGGUCUCAUAAAAAUUCCAAACAUGUUUUGCGACGCUUUCAUUUGAUUAGGGAAAUCAUUGAAAGAGGAGAUGUCAAGAUUGAGAGAGUUGACACACAUAACAACGUAGCAGACCCACUCACAAAGUCAUUAUCUCAGAUUCACUUUGAUCGUCAUAAAGAGAAGAUGGGUAUUAGAUAUCAGGGAGAUUGGCUUUAGUUCAAGUGGGAGAUUGAAAGUGUUUGUCCUAAAUCCAAUCAUGUAUGAUGAGUUAGGAAAUACUUUCUUGUAUUCGUAUUUGAUUUCAUUAAUAUUAAUAAAAGACUUGUUUUGAUUUUAUUAUGGGAUUUAUCUAUUUAAAGUGUUUUAAAUAAGAUGUUCCAUAGUUUGGAGUAAAGCUUCUAGAAUUAUAAUGAGAUUAUAAUAGUGAGAUCUAGAAGAUGAUAACUCUGGACUUAAACAGUUCCUGAUCAUAGGAUAACUAAUCGGAAGUUAGUAAAUCCGCAAAGAUUGGUACAUA